AGCUCCCCUGCUCAGUGGCAGAAAGAUGUCUGAGAUUUCUAGGUUGAUUGCUGAGGCUGAGGAAAAGGCGGGCUCCAAAGGAUGUCCCCAGGUGCAGGUGAAUGAAUAUGAAGAAAAUGAAAAUAUUGCUUAUACUUCUCUGAGACCGAUACAGAUUACAACUUUAAGGAAAACAGCCAAGGUUUAUCUCUACCCGUUUUCGCUCAGCAAUUCUAAGCUAGGCCUAUUUAAGUUCUCCAAAUCCCUGGUUGAAAAUAAUUCUAGCAAAUCAGUGGUUCAUAAGAAGACAGAUCAGAAGAAAACUUGUAGAAAGGUUUUAACUUCAAAAAUGAAGGCAUUUUCUUCUAAGGCAGAAUCUCUUCUGCUGAAACCAUCCUUGGAAGCUUAUACUGAAAGCACCAAGCUGGACCACAAGAGCUCCUUGGAUUCAGUGACUCCCAGUGUGGACAUGGAGAGCAGCGACGAAGACAGUGCAGCAGGCCUGGAUGAUUUUUCAGGAUUGUCACCUUAUGAGAGGAAGAGAAUGAGGAACAUCAGAGAAAAUGCAAACUUUUUUGCUUCCCUUCAGUUAGCUGAGUCAGCUGCAAGGCUCCGUGGAAUGAUCAAGAAGAAUGUGCCACCUGAAUCAAAGAGAAAGAGGCCUAAGAAGAAAGAAAAUGAAAUCGGAUGUCGAAGGUCCAUGCGGUUGUUGAAAGUAGACCCUUUGGGAGUUUCAUUACCAGCAUCUCCAACACAGCCAACAUUAGUAGAAGAAGAAAAUCCUUUGUUACCUCCUGGACCCUUAGAAAUGAUUCCUGAAAACCAAGAUGACAACAGUAAACUGUUCAAAGCGUCUUUGAAGACAUGGGCAGAGAUGAGCCAGACAAGUAAUGGGAAGACCAAGAAAGGGCUAUCUAGUAUUAAAAGCUACAAAGCCAAGUUAAGUGGUAUGGUCCUCAGUGAAGCUACUGUUUGUAAGGUGACCAAAGGAGCAGUCUCCUCUGUGGCCCUCCAUCCAUCAGAAGUGAGAACCUUGGUAGCAGCUGGGUCCAAGUCUGGACGAAUUGGAUUUUGAGAUUUAACCCAGCAGAGUGAAGAUGGGAUGUAUGUUUUCCAUCCUCACAGUCGGCAUGUUAGCUGCCUUUCUUUCUCACCCACCAACCCAGCCCACCUAUUGUCCCUGAGCUAUGAUGGCACACUGCGAUGUGGAGAUUUUUCCAGUGCUGUUUUUGAAGAGGUAUACAGGAAUGAGAGAAAUAGUCUGUCCUCCUUUGACUUCUUGGACGAUGCCUCCAGUCUGCUAGUGGGACACUGGGAUGGACAUUUGUCACUGGUAGAUAGACGGACACCUGGAACUUCUUAUGAGAAGUUUUUAAAUUCAUCUUUGGAAAAAAUAAGAACUGUUCAUGUCCACCCAUUAUCCAAACAGUAUUUUAUCACUGCAGGAUUGAGGGACGCUCAUGUUUAUGAUGCCAGGUGCCUGAAGUCCAAGGGAAGCCAGCCUUUGAUCUCCUUGACUGAGCACUCGAAGAGCAUUGCCUCUGCGUAUUUCUCCCCUGUUACUGGUAACAGAGUGGUGACCACAUGUGCUGACUGUAAGCUCAGGGUCUUUGACAGCAGCUCCAUAUCUUCCCAGCUUCCUCUCAUCAGCACCAUCAGGCAUAACACCUUCACUGGGAGAUGGCUAAUGAGGUUCCAAGCUGUGUGGGACCCUAAACAAGAAGAUUGCUUCAUAGUUGGUAGCAUGGACCACCCACGGCGGGUGGAAGUCUUCCACGAGACAGGGAAGAAUGUACAUUCUCUUUGGGGAGAAUGUCUUGCAUCUGUGUGUUCCCUCAGUGUUAUGCAUCCUACACAAUAUAUUCUGGCUGGAGGUAAUUCUAGUGGGAAGUUACAUGUUUUUAUGCAUCAAGAAACCUCAGUCAUUGAGUAGGUUCGACAAAUUGUUGAAGUUGUUCUGUGGCUAAAGAACCUGGAGACUUGUUGAACUCAGCUUAGUGCAUCUGUUUGGUCAUGUGUUACAUUUAUUAAAUAUAAUAUUGCUUCUCA